AUGCCAAACCCACAACAAACACAAGUUUUGAUAGCUCCCAUUAAACUCUAUAGGGAAAUAUUACGUUCUCACCGUUCUUUACCACCUGCUAUGCGAGCUAUGGGCGAUGACUAUGUCAAGGCUGAAUUCCAACGACACAAACAUAUUGAUAACCCUGCUCAUAUUGUUGGUUUUGUCUCUCAAUGGCAAUCAUACCUUGACCUGAUCAAGACACAGACAGCGCCUCUCGAUAGUGAUUCACCUGCUCCUUCUCAUGAUCCUCUUGUCCGAAGCUUCAAUAACCCUACUGAGGGUGGUUGGGGCAAGAAACUCGAUGCCGAAAUACUCGACAAGAUGACGAUCAUUAGGUGA